AUGUCAUUAUUGUCAAAAUUUGCAUCCAUUUUUGGUUCUAGUUAUAAUACAUAGGUUUCCAAUACUCCAUUAAAUUAAUAAUUACAAGAAUUACUUUCACAAAUACUCAAAACAAAUGCUAAAAUGGAUUUAAAAUAAAAGGCAGAACUUCUUGCCCAAUUUCUAUUGGAAAAAGAAGGUAAUUACCAACUUUUACUAUAUAGAACAUAUUGACUAUUUGUUCUCUUUUUUACAAACUACUUCUAAAGAUCUUAAUCCUAUAUCAGUAGUUCAUUUACUAUCAAUAAUUCAUUAAUAAUUCUAAUUUAAUGAAUUAAUUCAAGAAGUUGCUAUUAAAUUAAGAGAAACUAAAAUGCCUUGGAUUUAAUUAGAAAAACAUGAAUGGCAAUCUACUAAAACAGAACCUGAUUUACCAAAGAAAUAAUAAUCACAAAUUAUACUUACAGAAUUUGAAGAUUCUAAUCGUCCAGCUACUAUUUAUGUACAAUUAUGUUAUGUUUAUUUAUAAAAAUUGGCAGUAUGUUAUGUUUAUUUAUAAAAAUUGGCAGCUAAUAUUGAUUUAUAUAGAGCUGUCUCUAAAUUUAUGUAUCCCUAUGUAAAUGAAAAAGAUUAAAUUGAACCUAAACUUAUGUUCUUGUGGCAUUAUAAAAUAUAAAACUUAAUAAAUUCAGGUUUAAUAUUAUUAUAAUAUGAUCAAAAUCUAGUUGAAAUUCAAACUGCUCUUUAUUAAGAUGUAUGUAAAUUUUAAAAAUUUAUUUGUACUGAAAUUGAAAAAAUAAUUGAUUAAUAUGUAACUUUGCCUAGUAGCGACACACUUUCUCUUUAUGAAAUAUAUCAAGAAACCAAUAAACAUUAUGAAAUUCUAUUAAAAUUUCAUUAAUUUACAUCUACAAUUACAGAGGCUCCAAAAGAAUGCCAUUUCAAUAAUGUAAAUUUAUAAGAAUUUUUGGGGUUUGUUUCUAAAUUAAAAUUGUUAAAUUUACCUAAUUUUAAAAAGAAAAUUAAGGUUCCUAAUAAAGGAGAUCCAGGAAUGGGAGUUCCCACUAGAAAUCCUAAAGUAUAUGUCUAACUUAUGUAUAGGUGAGACAUUUAAAACAUUAAAGUAAUCAAUUUCUAGUAAAUGAUUCUGAUAGCAGUAAUUCUGAAGAUGAAGCUGAAAUAAAUCCUUAAAUAAAUUAAAAAAUCAAAAAUAAAAAUAUCCAUUUAAGAGGUGAAAGUACUUUCCAAUAAAAACAUAAAUGA